AUGCUCGCCAUAUUACGGAAAUCACGGCUGAAGGAUCAGGAGAUGCGUGUGUUAAUGCUGGGACUUGACAAUGCCGGAAAAACCACUAUCGUCAAGCACGUCAUGGGUGAGGAUGUGAAGACUGUGAGUCCCACAUUGGGCUUUAUUAUCAAGACGAUCGAUUACAAAGGGUACGUACAGAGUGGUAUGUGGCUCGUUGAACGUCCAUCUCCCUGCCUUGUGUUGUCUUGAAUUAUACGGGCGGACAAAUACGUGCAUACUGCUCAGCUGGCAGAAGUGGAGUGAGUGAGUAAAGGGGGCUAUAGGGGAGGGAAACUCGCUAAUCUACUCUUUCGGCCCCAUAGUUUCAAGCUGAACAUAUGUAAGUAAAGAGAGGAAGAAACGGGGGGGGGGGGGGAAAUCUUUUGAGCAUGUGAAAAUCUUUCCUUCUACCCUUCCCCUCCUCCUCUUGUUCGUGUGCCCUGCCUCGCCGAACAUCCGGCUGACUAGAGGGUGUUGAUGAGGUAAUAGGGGAUGUGGGCGGCCAAAAGACCCUCCGCAGUUACUGGAGAAAUUACUUUGAAAAGACUGACUCUCUCAUCUGGGUCGUCGACGCAACCGACCGGUUCAGACUCAACGACUGCAGGACCGAACUUCAUGGACUUCUACAGGAGGAGGCUGGUCCCCUCUCCUCUUCACCCCGUACAAAUUUUACUAACAGGAAGUGGGGCGAACAAUAGCGGCUCCUCGGCGCCUCGCUUCUGGUGUUCGCUAAUAAAGCCGAUGUAAGCGGUUGUAUGACAGAGACCGAAAUCACCCAAGUACGCGCUUCCUUGCCCUCCUCCCCUCUUUUAUCCUCGAUAAAUUGAUUCAUAUUGUCUACGGCACACUAUAGGGUCUCAACCUCAACGAUAUAAAAACGCAUAAGUGGACUAUCUUCUCCUGCAGCGCAAUCACCGGGAAGAACAUCUCGGAGGGCCUCGACUGGGUCGUCGGCGAUGCUCAGGAAAGAUUAUUCCUGUACAACGGUUUGGGCGGUGGCUCCGCUACCGCUGAUACUGCGAAGGGUCAGUCGAGCUAGUCUGGCUAGUUAGUUUUGGGAACACAGGAGUUAUGGGUGGCUAUGGCUGUGUUAUGUGUCGGGUGGUGGAGGUUCCGAACGUUGUGGUGCCAUAAUGAGGGUGAUGAUGAUGCCCCUUUCACAUACCCACCCUAGAGUAUUAUACCACGGAUUUAAAUCCAGAAUUUAUGCUGGAUUCCCGGACCACUACAUCACAUCACAUAUAGCAUGAAGACAAGUGAGCGCCGUCAACAAAUAGACGGGAAAUUCGCACCGACAACGUACUCAGUACCUUACCGUAGGCGCCGGCAUGCCUUUCUUAACCGCCCUAUAUAAGUACCAACCAUAUCACAUUGGGAAAAGAACGUGAGUGAGCAUCAGUCAGGACGAACAAAAUAGCCAUAAGCGAUAUUAUGAAAAGCAAUGGGAAGGGAAGAAGUACGUCACAGUACAGUGCGAUAUCUCAUAAUGCCUCGCUUUUCCAGUUUAUUCCACCGGUGUGAGUAGGUGGACACGAGAAUUUCUAGUGAACCGUUAUGAUACAAGCAAGCACUGUACUUUACUGUAAUGUACAGGCCGAAACCGCGCUACACUGCACAGGGUUACCGGGGAGUAUGGGAUACAAUACAUCACCCUAACAGAAAAGAUGCGGUGAGAUCCCUCCCGCUAGCCACAUGAUUAUCACGAAGACCCCGCGAGUCAGGUCGUCACCUCGUCGCGCAGUGCUGUACCGUACAGUACAGUGCACUUGUGUAGGCUGUUCGAGAUCCCGAAGGCCGUCAUCCUCGAGCGCAAUGUCAAAUAGCUGCCGAGUUAUAUUAUUGGAUCGAAAGGGUAUUAAGUUGCUACAUAUGGUAUUGGGGGUGUUUUCUCUUUAUUUUGGAAAACAUGAGUGCCAUUGAUUUACGUUGAAUGUAGAGUUAAGAAUA